CUUAAUUUCCCCAUAUUUUUUCUUAUUUCUAAACCUAACAACAUAUCUUUUUAUAUUAAGAAAGAUUAAAGACGAGUUUAAUAUUUUAUAUAGAUUGUAACAGAACUUGGGAUGGCACAACAACCUCUCGCAAACCGACUUUGGAUACUCGUUAAGCACCCUCAAUUCACCUGGUGGUGUGGACAUUGUAUUGUCCUCUUUUGCACAACUAUUUAUUUUUGGUACUGGAUCACCCUUAGUUGGCCUGAGGGAAUAAAUUAUUACUAUACAGCGUAUUUGGGCGCUAUGUUGAGUUAUGGUGUUGUCGUUUAUAAAUCGUUUGGCUCACCACAGCUUAACUGGGAAUAUUUCCAAAAGAUCAACAAAGACGAAAAUGUAUUCUAUCUUACGUUGGCAUUAAUGUGGUUCAUGAGCACGCCUGUUUUUGUUACUCUUAUCCCAUACGCAACAUUUUCAUUGUUCCAUUUCAUUACAUAUUUACGAGCAAAUAUUCUUCAAGCAUUUUCCCCCGCGCCUGCACAUUCUUCUUCUGGUUCUUCUUCAGGGACACAAACAAGAGCUAACAGCGCUUCAAAAUUUAUUCAAAUUUGGGUACACAAGAAUUAUGAACCAGCCAUGAAUAUGGUUAGUUUCGUCGAAGUUGUAGUUAUCACAUUAUUUCUGUUGUUUAAUAUAGUAACCCUACAACUUAGAUUUAUUACAUUACUCUUUUAUUGUUUCUUCCUCCGCAUGAGAUAUCUUAUGAAUACUUACACCCAACAAGUAUUUGCUGCUGUUGCACGAUUUCUGGAUGAGCGGCUGUUGCCUCCUUCAGCAAGCCCAAGCAUUCCACCCCCUGUGACGAAAGCAUAUCAACAUGCGAAAAAUGCAAUAAUUUGGAUGGGUCGUAGAAAUUCUCAUAACUCCAGACGGGGUUAAAAAUAAAUCACAAAACUUUAGGAAACUCUUUGAAGUCAUCUUUUUAAAAGGACUUUUUUGGAUAAUUUAAAUUAUGAGAAAAAAUUUUUACAUAUUUAAUGGAGAUUUUUAUUCAGAUUUAUUUUUAUGACUGCGAAGAUUAGUUUUUACUUUCAUUAUAUUACUUAUUUGUUUUGUGAAAGUUUUUAAUCAUAGGAAUAGUAACCAAUGUAUAUUUUGUUUUUUUUUUU